AGUCUCUAUUGAUCCGGAUUGUUAUUAUUCCACUACAAAACCAACCAAAACACGUGACACAGACGCAUCUUAUCAAACCACUAUCCCCAGCUACAGCUAGGGUUUCUCCUUCUUCUUCCUCAAUCCGAUUCCAAUUCCAGUUCCAGUUCCAAUGGCCGACGAAUCGCAAUACGACUCAACUCCACCUUCCUUGAAACGCAAGUACGACGAACAACCACCGCCUCACUCACGAACCACCGGUUUCUCCGACGGACCUCCUCCUCCUUCUUACAACAACGUCCCCCCUCCCGCCACCGCUGAUUUCGAACUCAUCAAACAACGCGCUCAACAAGUAGCAGCUCGUCUCCUCUCCGGCGCCGCAGCUCCCUCUGAUGUCGUCAAACGUACCAAAUUCGACAACGGUCCUCCUUCCCCUUACGAUUCCUCAGAUUUGAAGAGUCAAUAUGCAGCUCCUAUGAGUAUACCUUCGUAUUCACAUCAAGGGUCAAGCAAGAAGAUUGAAAUCCCUAAUGGAAGGGUUGGUGUUAUUAUUGGAAAAGGUGGAGAAACUAUCAAGUAUCUUCAGUUGCAAUCUGGUGCAAAAAUCCAAGUUACCCGUGAUAUGGAUGCUGAUCCUAAUUCUCCAAAUAGAUUGGUUGAGCUUACUGGUACUUCUGAUGCUAUUGCUACUGCUGAGAAACUCAUCAAAGAAGUUCUUGCUGAGGCUGAAUCCGGAGGUAAUGGACUUGUUACUCGACGAAUGACUGGGCAGGGUGGCGCUGAUGAGUUUUCCAUGAAGAUUCCAAAUAACAAGGUCGGUCUUAUAAUCGGUAAAGGGGGAGAAACGAUAAAGAGUAUGCAAGCUACAACUGGAGCAAGAAUUCAGGUGAUUCCUCUUCAUCUUCCCCCAGGCGACACAUCCACUGAAAGAACACUAAAAAUUGAAGGGACCUCUGAACAAAUUGAAUCUGCAAAACAAUUGGUUGAUUCAAUCCUCAGUGGCGAGAAUCGUCUUAGAAAUCCAUCAAUGUCCGGUGGUUACUCUCAGCAAGGUUACCAAGCUCGGCCACCCUCUAGCUGGGCUCCCCCUGCCGCUUCUCAACAACCUGGUUAUGGCUAUGCACAACCUGGAGCAUACCCUGGUCCAACACCUCAGUACAAUGUGCCUCAGCAAGCUUAUGCAGGUUAUCCUCCCCAUUCAGCUGGUGGAUAUUCUACCAAUUGGGACCAGUCCACUGCAACUACCCAACAGUCUACCUAUGAUUAUUAUAAUCAACAGCCUCAACAACCGCAGAAUCCUGGUGGUCCUGCACCUCCAGCUGAUGGGACUGCUUACAAUUACAGCCAACCACCUUCCGCUGGUUAUAACCAACCGGGACAGGGAUAUUCUCAGGAUGGCUAUGGUGCAUAUCAACAACCUCCACAAUCAGGAUAUGCUCAGCCAACAUCAUAUGAUCAGCAGCAAGGCUAUGGGUCAGCUCAAGAGGGCCAAACUACCACCAACUAUGGAUCACAAGGACAAGGGGAUGCAACCCAAGUUCCACCUGUCCAACCUUCCCAACAAGGUUAUGGCAGCAGCCAACAGCCUAGCCCAAACGCUGCUAAGUAUCCACCACAAGGGGCUGCUCAGCCAAGUUAUGGGGUACCACCAACCUCCCAAACUGCAUAUGGCAGUCAACCUCAAACACAGUCUGGUUAUGGACCCCCUCAAACUCAAAAGCCAAGUGGUACUCCACCUGCAUACGGUCAAUCACAGUCACCUAAUGCUGCUGGAGGCUAUGGUCAGCCGGGGUAUCCUCCUUCCCAGCCCCCUCCUUCUGGAUAUUCCCAACCGGGGUAUCCUCCUUCCCAGCCCCCUCCUUCUGGAUAUUCCCAACCUGGUUAUGGUCAGGCACCACAAUCAUACAACAGUGGUUCCUAUGGUGCUGGUUAUCCUCAGGCCCCAGCAUAUUCUGCUGAUGGUAAUGCAAGUGGGAAUGCCCGUGGUGGCAGCUAUGAUGGAGCACCUGCACAGGGAGCUCAGCAGGCUAGUGUUGCUAAGUCACCUCAGAGCUGAUGCACUAGUAUGUUAAUUUCGUUCUGAAUGGAUGUUUUUAUUUUAAUUUUUGAUGUAUUAAUGACUUGUUUACCCAGCUUUGCAACUUUGAGAUUGACAUUCCUUGUGUUAAAUUAGUUUAUUUUGAUCUCUUUAUAAACUACUGAGUUUGCAUGUAAACUUGCUGAAUAUUUGGCGUACUUAAAAAUUGAAAAAUGGAACAAAUCUGAUAGGAGGUUGGUUAUUCUGCA